AUGAGCUUAAAGGAAGAAAACGACUCAAAGAAGGAAAAGGAGCCCAAGAAGACUGCCAAGGAGUCCAAGAAAGAAACCCCCAAAGCCGCAGAGCAAAACAAAAACAAUGAUCAGUCCACGAUUGAUCUCUUUACAGCCAAGAAAGCGGACACCAGCAAGAAAGAGAAGCCAGAAGUUAAGACUGCGGAGAAAGGCAAGAAGAAAGAUCAAACCACAGACGAUUCCAAGCCAAAAGAAGCUCCCAAAAAGGAUACACCAAAACCUUAG